UACAAUGAAGAGGGAAAUAGAGAAUGGUCAAACAUUACCGGUGGCGCCGGUCACCGGUCGAUAAACCUCUCUCUAAACUCCAAACUUAUUUUCUUUUCCGGUCAAUCUCUUAUUGAGUCUUUGAAUUGUACGGAGGGGCUUGUUGGGUUCUCUCAGUUUCCAUCUUUAUGGUCUCUGAUCCAACCAAAAAUCUCAACUUUCUUCAACAAUUCAGCUCUACAAUAUUUGGGUAGUUGCCGUUUUCUCAAACAAAUGACUACACAACGUUCUCAUGUUCCAAAGUUUGGCAAUUGGGAUGGCCAAGACGAUGUUCCUUAUACAGCUUAUUUUGACAAAGCCCGGAAAACUCGACCUGGCACCAAAAUGAUUAAUCCAAAUGACCCUGAAGAAAAUUCAGAUUUAGUUCUUCAAAAUUCAUCUUCUGAUGCCGACAUAAUUCAUCCAAAACCCAAAGUUUAUUCAGAGAAUCAAUCCGAAAAAGGAUCAGUGAGAUCAACACAUAAUGAGUUACAAAAGAGCAAGGAGGAUGGUGAUCUUAAGAAUUUUGUUAACUCACCAGCUCGUCAUGACAAUCUAAGCAACAGGAGUGCUGGUGAUUCCGCCUCUCGUCCUGGAAGCCAUGGAGUAGGUUCUGCUGACACCUACAGAAGACCUUUAAAACAAAGUACUGGCUCAGAGUACAGCAUUGAACGGUCACCCCUUCAUCGCCAGGCUAAAACCCCUGGUAGAGAUAGUCCUUCUUGGGAAAGAAAAAGUUCAUACGAUAGCAGUCAUGGUACACCAGGAAGAUCCCGAUUGAGACCAGCCAAUCGAGGGGAUGAAACUCCUGAUAAAAGUGCUGCUGUUCCGAAAUUUGGUGAGUGGGAUGAGAGUGACCCUACAUCAGCUGAUGGCUAUACUCACAUUUUCAACAAAGUGCGGGAGGAGAAACACGUUGCAGCUGGAAAUGCGCCAGGUACACCAAAUGGAAGAUCAUACGUUAUCCGAAACCAACCUGCCAAUGACAAAACUCAGGGUUGCUGCUUUUUCUGGGGCAGAAAAUGAUUAUUGAAAGUGCAUUUAUAUUGUGAGCAGAAAAGAAGAUAAGAAUAGUGUUGUUAAUGGUCGUGAGGCAUGUUGCCUCACCUAUAAUUUGACUCCUUUAUUAUGAGGGGUGUACUUUCAAGGGUAAAGUGCGGAAUUUUAACCGGUUGAGAUUUUAACAAUUUGAUAGCUUGUUAUUCAUGUGCUUGUAUUUUAUUGCAGUCUAAACUGUUGAUCUUUCAAUCAAUGGUUUUAAUCCACACUUUACUCUUCCAAGUGCACACUCCACUUUAGAGGAUCUAAAUUCUACUCUUUUAUAUGUAUAUAUAUUAAAGGCUCUCUUUCCCCGAGGGAAAAUGUCGUCAAAGUGCCUUUGUCUUGAAUGUGUCCCACUUGUAUCUUUCUUUCGUUUGACCAGUAAGCACGCUUUGCAUGCAAGAUUGUGAUCUUUUGUAUAAGUAAUUGCUACGCUGUAAUUUCAAUUUAUGAGAUCUAUAAUAUUUGUUACAUAAUUCUUCUUU